ACCGAGCAGAAGUCACUAGGACUGUUUUCAUGGCUCCAGGAUGGAGGGGUUCCCGUCUAGGUUUCCACCGUGCAGCGUGUACGCUAACCCGCUGUGCGGUGCGCCCCUUCAGGGUGGUGGCUGGGGGAAGCGUGAGGGCCGCUUCCUUAACCCCCAGGGUCUGAACUACCUGGAGCUGUGUAAGGCCAUCCUGUACCAGGUUAACCCGGGCUUCUCCGCUGCAGUGAAGAAGGCCAACACCAAGGAGUGCGGUGUGCAGGUGAACGCCAAAGUGGAUAAAGUCGUCCAGUGUUCACUCGGCCCUAAGACCCUGUUCGGUCCGGAGAACGAGCCUUUCGACUCCACCAAGUUUCCAGAGAGCCCGCAGCAGAAAACGCCGCCGACGCAUGUGAGCCACCUGCGCUACCUGAGGCCCGUCUCCAUCUACUCACCUGUGUUUGACCGCAGGCUUUUCCUGAAGAGGCCGGAAGAUGACGGAGGAAGUGAAGAGGAUGAAGCUGAAGCUGCGGAAGGAGCCGAGUCUGAUCCAGAUGCUGAGGUGGAAGAGAACAGCGACGACAUGAAGACAACUUUUCGCCAAUCCCCGAAGGGUUCGAAUUUUCAGUUUCUGGAACAGAGGUACGGUUUUUUCCACUGCAAAAAAUGCAACAUCCGAUGGGAGAGUGCUUAUGUCUGGUGCAUUUCUGGAACCAGUAAGGUGUAUUACAAGCAGCUAUGCCGGAAGUGUCAGGUGGGGUUUAACCCCUACAGAGUGGAGCCCAUUCUCUGCAGGGGUUGCUCGCUGACUUCCUGCAGCUGUGAUAAGAAGCAGAGGCACAUUAACAUGAAGAGACCUCAUCGUCAGGACCUGUGCUGCCGCUGCAAGGGCAUGAAGCUAUCCUGCGAUGCCACCUACAGCUUCAAAUACAUCGUCUGAGCUCUCUGGGUUGUCCCUACAGGUUCAAUACACCAGCACUUUCUAAAAAAAAAAAAAAAAAAAAAAGUGCCAUAAGUUGAACACUAAUUAU